AAAAGGAUACACGCAGCUUCAUGUUUACUCCUACGAUAUACAUAUACUUAUAGGGUUUCGGCUCUAAUAAUACAAUCGUCGUAUAUUUUAUGUAGUGUGACAAAUAGGUAGCACAACCUUUCUUCUUAUAUCUAUAUAUUCUACUUCGUAUAAAUAAGUGAAGAUAUAUGUUAGAUAUCACAAGGCCAACGGCUACAAUAGUAAAAAAACCACAAUCUUCUUGCCUUUUCCUUCAAAUCUCCCCAGGAAAAAAAUAUUUAAAUAUAGUAUUAUAAAGUUGUAGAUUUUUCUCUCAAUUAUUUUCACUCAAAAAAAAAAAAAACCAUAAAAAUGUUUCCUUUCCAAAGAUCUGGUGAGCUUUCCUUCCAAACCACUGAAUUUGUUGCGGAGGAAGAACAAAUAGACGCGGAGAAUCAGAUUUAUUGGUUGGAUGGUGCACCGGUGAACAUAGGAGAUAUGAACACAACAAAUGUUAGCCUUGGCCCUAAUAACAAUAGAGGAAGAAGUCGAGGUCGAGGCCGGGGUCGAGGUCGAGUAUCCUCUAACAAUACUAGUAAUAAUUGUAAUGAGAAUAAUGAUGAUGAGCAAAAGAAGGCUAUCCACAAAGAAGUUGAGCGACAAAGAAGAUUGGAAAUGUCUAAUCUUUAUUCUUCUCUACGCUCUACCCUUCCUCCGGAAUAUAUUAAGGGAAAGAGGUCUACAAGUGAUCACUUAACUGAAGCAGUGAAUUACAUCAAAGACUUGGAAAAGAACAUACAAGAGCUUUCUGAUAAGAGAGAUCAGCUAAAAGCCGCCCCGGAAAGUCAUACUUCAACGUAUCAAGUGGGCAGUUCGAGUCAUCCAAGAGCAUCCCUUGGAAGUGUAGAGAUAAGUCCAUGCCUAGGCGGGCUCGAUAUAGACAUCAAUGCAGGCUAUGAAGACCAAAGUUUUACUCUAUCAAGUGCUCUCCAAGUUAUUUUUGAGGAAGGGCUUAGUGUUACAAGCUGCUCAUCAACCAAAGUUAACCAAAGAAUAAUUCAUAAGAUAGUAUGUGAGGUGACAGACGUAACAUGCAUAGAUUUCCAGCGGCUUCAUCAGAGAUUGGUCAAUCUAGUUUCCUAA